AUGGAAAUGUCACUGAUUCUCUUUUCCCUUAAAACUUUUUUCAAACUAAUGAAUGGGUCAGGAAAAGAAGAAACAAGCAUUGAGGCCAAAAUCAGAGCUAAGGAGAAAAGAAAUAGACUGAGUCUUCUUCUGCAGAGGCCUGACUUCCAUAGGGAAACUCCCACCAGCAGAUCUGCCCUCCUAGCCAAAGAGACAAGAAUCUCCCACGAAGAAGCAGUGAAAUGGGCUGAAUCAUUUGACAAACUGCUUUCUCAUGGAGAUGGACUGGAUGCUUUUACUAGAGUUCUUAAAACUGAAUUCAGUGAGGAAAACAUUGAAUUUUGGGUAGCCUGUGAAGAUUUCAAGAAAUGCAAGGAACCUCAACAAAUCAUCCUAAAAGCCAAAGCAAUAUACGAGAAGUUCAUUAAGAAUGAUGCUCCCAAAGAGGUUAACCUUGAUUUUCAUACCAAGGAAGUAAUUGCUAAGAGCAUCACAGAGCCAACUCUCCAAAGUUUUGACCCAGCACAAAGCAGAGUCUAUCAGCUCAUGGAACAAGACAGUUAUAUGCGUUUUCUGAAGUCUGAGAUAUAUUUACAUUUGCUGGAAGGAAGACCUCAGAGACCAACCAAUGUGAGGAGACGAUCACGAUCACUUACCUACAAUGAGUUUCAAGAUGUAAAGUCAGAUGUUUCCAUUUGGUUAUGAGUAAAAGUAAUGUCUCUUAUUUUGAUGGGAAAUGUAUACAUCUGCUUCUAAAAUAUAGCUUAUGUACAGUAAGAAGUGAUCACACUUUUAAAAUAAACCAAGCAAACGCAUUUUUAAAAUGUAAUAACUUUUAUAUUAAAAU